GCAAUAGUUCUAUACCCUAUAAACAAUACAUAUGUGCGAUCUCCUACGGAAGUGCAUAAUUGUCUGAGAUGGCGGCGGGCAGCAAUCAGAGAACUGGUUGGUCGCAUCGCAUGAAGAGCUUUCAGUCCAAGCAGGCGGACAUAAAUCGUUUGAUAAUGAAAUAUCUGGUGGCAGAGGGCUAUUUGGAUGUGGCGCAGGGAUUCGAGGCGGUGGCCAGGCUGGAAUCGGGCGCGCAGGCGGAUCCCGUCGAGUAUCAGGAGCGCAUACGGCAGGCGGUGCGAACGGCCCAGGUGCAGUACGCCAUUGACAUGGCCAAGAGGCUGUACCCCAAGUUGUUCGAGAGCGAGAACUACAUGUACUUCCACAUGCAGCAGCUGCGCCUCAUCGAGCUGAUUCGGGAACGGAAUCUGGAGCGCAGCUCCGGCAGCGGCGUCUCCCUUGAAACGGAACGAUCCGCGGAGAGCUCGCUUGGAAACGAUCUCCUGCAGCACAGCUGCAGGCAGCGGGUGAGCCACGAGCUGGAAUCGACCCUGCUCAAGUACGAGCAGACGGCGAGCAUGGAACCCAAAAUGAUGUUCCUCGUCAAGCUGAUACUCUGGGCACAGAGCACGCUCGACAAAGAUGGCUGUGCCGGCCGCUGUCAGCUGGAUCUCGAUGCCGCCGACUUUGAAGUGGAGCUGAAGCGCGCUUUGCAAAACGAUUAGAAUGCCGCUCAGCAUGCUCAAAGGGCGAAUCCGGUGUCUACUGCUACUAUACAGAUCUAUAAAUCUAUAUUUAUAUAUGUGUAUAAAUACAAUUUUUUUUUUUUUAGA